UUGAAUUUUCGUAUCGAGGCCAACCGUUUUGAGAUGCGAAAGAGGGUGUGAUCCAUUUUUGUCGUUGGAGUCCCAAUCUCGCCCAACAGGAAUCCGCUGUGAUAAAAGUCAAUAGAGAAAUGCUCCUUCCCAUGCAUUUAUUACAGAUAAUCUACCAAUUCUUACAAGCUUCUAGAAGUCACGAUGGCAACGUCUUAACCCAAAGGGAAACAGGGCAGAACCUAAUCAGAUCACAUGAUUAUUGUGCACCGGCUGAAAAGGUCUCUAGAAGCAUGUAAUCCAAUCAUUUUGUCAAUGCCGAUUUGCCAAUCGUUUUGAACGUUGAACGAGUUCAGGCCGAUUGCUUGACCGUAUCAACCUGUGAGGGUGGACACUGGACGAUGUUUCAUAACGUAAGCUUAUGAUGUCAUGGGAGGCAGGGUAAACCGGUGCGAUUUUCUGGAAACGGAAACCGCAGACUUGUCAUUCGUCCUUGAGAGAGCGAGAAGAGAGAAAAAAAAAUGAUUCUUUUCAUAGUCAAGGAGAAGUUAUCAUCAGGUACGACCUUAAAAAACAUUAGUACGUGGUUGUUUUCUUCCUUUUUUCUCUCUUCGUUUUUAUUUUUAUGUUACCCGAGUCGUCACGAGUUGUGCUCUUGCGACAGCUCUCGCUAGAUGGCUGUAUAGGUACGCCGUGGUGGCGGAACGCUGCGGGGUAGCGUGUCUUGGGCCUCUUCCGCGGAGGAAAACUCCUCCCCUUGAUCUCUGUGUUGUACAUGUACACAGCUCUCUCUUUCUCGUAUAAGAUGUUGUGAGAAGGGAGAGACAGAUGCCAGUUGCAACUGGGAAGAGUAUCGUCUUCGUCGUAAUCCCGAUUUGCCCCUCCGUGCGUUGUAUAGCGUGCCGUGGAGUCUAAAGGUCACAUGUUGGCAGUCGACAAACAACAUUUGACUUUUUUUCCGCCUCGAUUCCAAGUUUUGUUUGGUCAAGGACGGAUUGGCAAUUGGCAGAGACUUGGCAGUUAGUCGAAUCGUGUGAUUGGGCAGAGUGUGCGUGCGUGUGUGUGUGUAUCUGGCUGCUGCUGUUUAUCGACUGGCUGAUGAUUAGACUUGGUGUGUGCUGCCGAGGAUUGAAGUGAAUUUUGACAACAUCUGGACAUGCCUCAACUGGCGGAAGUCGGCGUCGUCACGUCAGUGGUGGCCAUGGAUGAGAUGUCGUGGUCGACGGUGGGUGGCCACAAGAUCGGCCACUGGUUCGCCUCGUUGGGUUCCAGGGGACGCGGGCGUCGUAAAGCGGCCGCCGUAGCCGCCGCCGCUGCCGCCGCCAAUUCCGCCAACAACGGCGUCGCCAAUAACAACACCACUCGCAGCUUCACUCUCGGUGUGUUGCACGAGCAUCCGCGAAUUGGCUCCGAUGGCGAAUCGGAAGAAGUUUCCUUGGCCUCGGACCCGGAUGUCACGUCGCCAGUCAAAAUGCGCCAAAAGAAUCGCCGUCUGAGCGAGCAAGACAUUAGCAAGCGUUUGUCGUUACCAGCCGAUCUUCGGAUACCCGAGUCUUUCCUGGCCAAACAAUCGAGCAGCAGUCCCAUCUUCGACGGGCCGUUGACACGGACCAACCGGAGACAGUCCCUCUCUGAGAUCGGCUUCGGCCGCAUGGAGACCUACACAAAACUCGACAAACUUGGAGAGGGAACGUACGCCACCGUCUACAAAGGCAAGUCGCGGCUGACAGACAACCUGGUGGCCCUCAAGGAAAUUCGACUGGAGCACGAGGAAGGCGCCCCCUGCACGGCCAUCCGAGAGGUUUCCCUACUCAAAGACUUGCGCCACGCCAAUAUCGUGACCCUGCACGAUAUUGUGCACACGGAGAAGUCAUUGACGCUCGUCUUUGAAUACCUGGAAAAAGACCUGAAGCAAUACAUGGAUGAUUGCGGCAGUAUUCUCAGCAUGAAUAACGUCAAAAUCUUCCUCUAUCAGCUUCUGAGAGGACUUGCCUACUGUCACCGGCGGCGUAUCCUGCAUCGCGAUCUCAAACCACAAAAUUUGCUCAUCAAUGACAAGGGCGAACUCAAGCUGGCUGAUUUUGGACUGGCUCGAGCUAAAUCCGUGCCGACUAAAACCUAUUCGAACGAAGUAGUGACGUUGUGGUAUCGCCCACCCGACGUCUUGCUGGGAUCCACCGAAUAUUCGACUCCCAUUGACAUGUGGGGAGUCGGGUGUAUCUUCUUUGAAAUGGCGAGUGGCCGGCCCCUCUUCCCCGGUUCAACUGUCGAGGACCAGCUGCAAUUGAUUUUCAGUCUGCUGGGGACACCGACCGAGGAGACGUGGGCGGGCAUUCACGGCAACGAAGAUUUCUUGUCCUACCGCUUUGACCAUUGCGCUCCGCAGUCCCUGAUCCACAGAGCGCCUCGACUGGACGGCGACGGACUCGAUCUUUUGAACAAGUUCCUUUCUUAUGAAGCCAAAAAGCGGAUCUCAGCCCAGGAUGCAAUGCGCCACCCGUACUUUCGAUCCCUGGGAUCGAUGGUGCACAAAAUACCGGACGUCGCUUCGAUUUUCACCUGCCAGGGGAUCCAGUUAACGAGGGAUCCAGGCUACCGGCCAUCCAAUCACGGAAACCAUUCGAAAACACGACGUCAAUCGAUGCUGCUGUAAUGAUGACGAUAAUCAUAAUAAUAACGAGAAGAUAAACUUACACCCAACUUAACGAAAAAACAAAAAAGGAUUAAAAAAAAGACAAAAAAACAAAACAGAUUAGGGAUGGAGAACCCGCAAAAACUCCCAUCUUGAAAUAUGACACUCGUGUUUUCGUGUUAUUCGGCUCGAUCUUCUUACGUUUCAAUUUAUCAUAUUUAAAAAACAAACAGGAAAAAAAAAGAAAAACCUCCUCCCCCUACACACACACACCGUUGUUCUCACGUUUCCAUUAUUUAGAUCCUUAUUUUUCCCCCCUUCAAUUCUCUUUUUUUUUAGCGUGUUUAAAAAUCAUGCCAUUCUUCUCCUUCUUAAAAUUCUCCCGAAUUGAUUGAAUUCUUCUUUUUCUGUGAUGCAAUAUCGUCCGUCCGUUCCGGCCGUGACUCCUCCCGUCUUUCCUUUUUUUGAUUUUUCCGCCCCCCACUCACAUCUGAUUUUUUCUAUAAUCCAAAUAAUAUCCCCCCCCCCCCCAAUUGAUUUCAUUUCCUCUCCCGUUUCUGGGUGAUGGGCCACCAGUCCCUUCCGUCUCAUUUAGAUGGAACAGAUUUCUUGCAUGGGGUGGGCAAGGGGCCCCUAGACUUAAUGAAGGUUACAUAAUCAAUGGAGUGUAUGGGGUUGUUGCUGAUUUUGCACUUGUUGGCGGAUGCUGCGGAUCGUCUAGCGUCUUGUGUGUGUCUGUGUGUGUGUGUGGUUGUCAAAAACGCGUGUGUGUGUGUGUCUGUUGUGUGUGUGUUAUUUGCUCGUUCGGUUCCCGUGCGAGCCCCAUUACAAGAUAACGUGUGUGAUUGUGUAUGUGUGUCGAGUCAAAACUGCCAACCGAGCUGCUCACAAGUCCGUUCCCUCUCUUCCGUACGUGUCACGCAGUCGUGAAAUGUUUCGUCUCAUGUGGAGGAGAUUUGAUACUUACGCGCGCCAGUGGAGGCCAUUUUUUUUUUUAAUUAUUAUUUUUUGUUUGUUUAAUUUUUUUUUCUUCUUUAAUUUCAUUUUUUUUUUCUUUUUGGAAUUGGCAUGAGAUUUGAUGACUUGGGUCCGACUUUUGUCUUUUUGAAACUCUCCGCCCUUCCCCCAGGCCCCGCCCUUCUUUUUUGUUGUCUCUCUCUCUCUCGCGUCUGUUGAUGUGACCUACAAGUAUAUGCAUAUAAAAUAUAAUUAUAUCACGUAUACACGCACGUUACACACGAAUAAUGUGCGGGAGGGUGGUGGUGACGCGCGCGCGGGUGAGGAUCAAAUUGUUUCGAGAUUCGAUUUCCACUUUCAAUUCGUUUGUGUAUGUUGUUGUUGUUGUGUGUGUGUGGCCAGCAAUGAUGCGGUGUGUGGCGGCGGCGAUGAUAUGACGAUGUUGUUGAUGACAAAGAUGACAAUAAAAAGUGCAGUGCGUAGUACAAAAGAACCUA